AUGAUUGUCAUCGUUAUGCAAGCGUUUGCAUUGGGAGACCCAGCUACACACAGGCAGAACUUGGCGUGCCUCAACUUGUGGCCCAUUUUCCUCACCAAUACUUUAGUUUUGAUGAUUUCAAGAUCCUGGUCGCCGGACCACAGCCUUACGAGCAUCUUUCGGGUCUCGGAAUUUGCAACCCCUUCCCAGUUGCCCGAACACAACACUCGAAUUGAUUUUUCCAACAUUGACUCAUUGGUUAUGAUAAAACCCGAUUUUAGGUUGCCCGAACACACCACUCGAAUUAAUUUUUCCAGCAUUGGCAACCCAAAGUCGGGUUUUAUCAGAACCAAUGAUGUAGCAGCCCCUUGUCAUGCCAGAUUUCUCAGCACCCACCGAGUAAAGGGUUUGAAGAAUAGGACUACUCUUAGAUACUGGGAAGGAGUUGCAAACUCCGAGACCCGAAAGAUGCUCGUUCAGACGUACUUCUUCAUUAAUUGGGGCAAAUCCACGGAAUAUGACAGUUUCCAGAUGAUUGUAUACCAGCUCUGGCUAUUGAGGCCUUUAGGGUGGAAGAACGAAUUAAGUAAACACAACUACAAGCAAGUCUGUAAAGGAUUUCGAGAGCAAAGUGAAAUAGCUUUCAAAUUUGAUAACAGCCAAUGUGAUGCUAGCGGGCAUCCAGCUAUUUGA